AUGUCGUCUGUUGGGAAACGCUCGUUGCGUCUACCUGCUUCGCCGGUAGAAGGACAGACCAAACGACGCCGAAUAGCCGCUCCUAACACUAUCGCUGCCAAUGUGAACUCUGCUAAUGUUGGGACUCCUCCUUUUCCCCAGCCAGACAUCUCUGUACCAACAUCAACAGGGUUCACGCCCAAGAUUCCAUACCAGCAUCUACCGCAGAUGCCUGCUCAGCAGCAAGCGGCAGUGCCGUUUCACCCUCAGGAAGCAAGUCGGGCGCAUCCAAGCCGAUCUUGGACAAGCAGCCCGGCGCUGCGCAUGGGAAGCUGCUCGCUUGAUGAGAUGCUGUUGACGAUCCCUCAUGGCCUUGCCUCUGCCGAGCUCAUCCGCCGCAAAGAGGAUUUACGAUAUGAGAUAGACUUUCAAGAGCGCAACCCACCAGUAUUGCCUCCUACCAAAGUCAAAGAUUUGCCUCCAAAGCCAAUUAUCCCGGACUUCCACAAGUUCCCCGAGGGAAUCAGCGAUCAUGAACGCCUUGAAAUCGAGUCACGCAACAAUAAGAUUGCAGCGGAGCACCAGAAGAUUGACCGCCAGCGCAACAACCAGGCAGCCAAGAAGUCGCGGCAAGCACGCCUCGAAGCCCUCAACAACACGCGAGUGCUGCUCAACGAAAAGACGGCCGAAUGUGCCUGGUUUAGGAUGAAGGUGCUUGCGCUGGGCGGCAACACAGCAGACUGGAACAACGUGCCAGCGGGAGUGAAGACACGGCUCAUCAAGGAGAUUGAUGGCCGGGUCAAGACGAUUGAUAUGGAGGCUGCGGAUGUGAAGAAGAGAGAAGAGGCCAAGAAGAGGGCGGACCGGAAUAGGAGGCGGGCGGAAGUGAAGAAGGAUGAGGAAUCUCAGCUGUCGCAAUCAUCUCAGCGGUCGACUGUGAAGAAGAGAGAAGAUGGUGAUGAUGAAUAUGAUGGAGAGUAA